AUGGGGCGAGACGCGACCGUAGCCCCGCAGCCGGUCGCGGUCGGCGCGCCGGAAUUGACGAAGACCGAGUCGGUGGUCAUCGAUGUCGACGCGGGGGCCGCGGCUCACGGCGUGGCGUGCCGUAUCUGCCACCUCAGCCCUGAGCCUGAGGGCGGCGACGGGCCUGCGACGGUGCCCGGGGCGGAGGUGAUCCGGCUCGGCUGCUGCUGCAAGGAGGAGCUCGGCGACGCGCACCGCCAGUGCGCCGAGGCAUGGUUUCGGAUCAAGGGCGAUAGGUGCUGUGAAAUUUGUGGUUCAGUUGCCAAAAACAUCGCUGGGUUGGAAGUGAAAAGAUUCAUGGAGGAGUGGCAUGGGCAAACAAUGGCAGACACCAGAAUAACUAUGGAGGGGGAAAGUACUUGCUGGAGGCGGCAGCCGUUCUGUAACUUGUUGCUAGCUUGCUUACUGACUGCUUUCAUGCUUCCCUGGUUUUUUCGUGCACAUAUAUUCUGAUUUAUGCUGUUGUAACUGUGUCACGUGGAAUUGCACAAAUUGUACAUAAUUUUAUUGGAAGAGUCACAACAA